UGCAGAAAUCACCAGUUCAAGUGUUUAGAUGUAGGUCAGAUGAAAUGUAUUCAGUUUAGAAUCAAAUCUGAAAGCAGGAAAAGUACAUUUCAAAUAAGUGAGUGAAGGUAAAAUGGGGCGCUCAUCCAAAGACAAACGAGAUAUAUACUACAGGCUUGCGAAGGAGGAGGGCUGGAGAGCGAGAAGCGCCUUCAAACUCCUGCAGCUGGAUGAGGAGUUCAACCUUUUUAAAGGUGUCAGUCGUGCUGUGGACCUGUGUGCGGCACCUGGCAGCUGGAGUCAAGUCCUGAGCCGCAAGCUCCGUGGAAAAGACAAGUGUGAAGAGGUCAAGAUUGUGGCAGUUGACCUGCAAGCAAUGGCCCCUUUGCCAGGUGUCACACAAAUUCAAGGAGACAUCACCAAGAUUUCUACAGCACAGGAGAUUAUUCGACAUUUUGAAGGACAGUCUGCAGACUUGGUCGUAUGUGAUGGCGCCCCAGAUGUUACUGGUCUUCAUGAUGUAGAUGAGUACAUUCAGGCACAGCUCCUGCUGGCGGCUCUCAAUAUCACCACACAUGUUCUCAAACCAGGUGGCAACUUUGUUGCAAAAAUCUUCAGGGGAAAAGAUGUGACACUGCUGUACUCCCAGCUCAAGAUCUUCUUCAGCUCUGUAACCUGUGCCAAACCACGCAGCAGCCGCAACUCUAGCAUAGAGGCAUUUGUGGUGUGUCAGAAUUACUCUCCACCUGAAGGCUACGUCCCCAACAUGUCCAACCCUUUACUGGAUCACUCUUAUAGUAACUUGUUCCAAUACUCCAAUACCAAAAAAGUGCUUUCAAAUGUUGACUUCAACCAGCUAGAGGGGCCAAACCGAAUAAUAGUUCCUUUCCUUGCUUGUGGAGAUCUUAGUGCCUUUGAUUCAGACAGAACUUACCCGCUUCAGCUUGAUUCUAGUAAAGAGUACCAGUAUUUACCACCCACCCAACCUCCAAUUCGGCCUCCGUACCAGCAAGCCUGUCAGCUCCGCAAGAAUAACUUGUUAGCCAAAGAGGACUCGCCUUCUGGGGCACUUGAUGAUUCCCUGUCUGCUUUAGAUCUCAACACGAGUCCAGACACGAACAUGGUCACACCAGGAACCUCCAACUAAUGGACAUUACUGAUUUGUACAGCUUCUGUUAAAAUCUUUUCUAUCUUGUUCUAUCGUGAUUGAUCAACAUUUAUUUUUAGAGUUUUAAGACACUCUUAAAAAAUGUGUUGUGUUAUGUCUUUGUACCUUAUUUUAAAGUUGUCCCUAUUAAGGGUACUGUCCCAGUGACAAGCUGUCAUACCCAGAAAGCUACAAUUUCUGCACAUUUUUUUUUUGACAGUGUAGGUUGAUUUAUAAUAUAUUUGAUCUUUUAUGUAUUUAAUUGUUUCUCUGACUUUUAUUACACCCAGGAUUCGCAAAGAUUCUUCUGUGAUUGGUCCUUUGCAUGAGUCACAGAUUGAAUUUGAACUUUUAACUGCAGCUCUACAUGUUAAUAAAACACAAAUUUACCAUGA